AUGCUACCUGGUAGCUCGCAUCGUCGCUCAUCAGGCCGUGACGAGUUCGAUGGACCUCAUCAACUACUAGCCAAACCAACCAACUCACACCUCGAGACCUCCGAAUCAGAAUUGAUCCAGCUGCCUGUAUCUCUAUAUGCUGAAGAGCAGGACUCGAUACUGACACGCGUCAACGACCGUCUUUCCCAAUGCGCGUACGACUUUGUAGCCAAAUACCAAUUCCCCAUUCCCCUGGAACCCGACAAGAGACCUGUCCGCGUCCCUGCCGAUCGCGAGUGGACCGAAUGGUGCUACCUGCUCAAGCGUCUGGCCACCAAACGCCGUGUCCCUGCCCGUGUGCUCUACAACGGACAAAUUAAGCAGUUGGUGACAGUGCUGGAGAACUCGCUCGAGAUGAGACAUGCAGCAAAGCAUCAAAGCAGACCUCUCAAGGAUGAUCGCAACGUACUGCAGCUUAUCUCUGCAGGCUUGCAGGUUUCAAAGAUGCUCAAGGAUCCCGACGCCAUGAGGUACCUUGAUGAGUUGUACGUUGCUGCCGAGCGCCUGAUUGAGAGCAGACGUGGCAACCAAUCUUCUUGA